CUCCUUAAGACUUUAAUUCUCCUUAAGAUUUGCCGACUCCUUAAGACUUUAAUACUCCUCGAGAUUUGCCGGCUACUUAAGACUUUAAUACUCCUUAAGAUUUGCCGGCUCCUUAAGACGUUAAUGCUCGUUAAGACGUUAAUACUCGUUAAGACUUUAAUACUCCCCUAG